CCUGCUUCCACCAUAACUCUUGCUAAGCAAUUACAUGCCAAUCUCGGGAAGGUCAAUCGCAGUGGAGGUAGUUGUAUCCAGUCUUGUUAGUAAGAGUUUUAGUUUUGCUCCUAAUUUGACACACACUGCAAAGCAGGGGUUAGGCUGCGCACAAUAAUUCCCCGGAGCCCACGAGUGUCCAUUAAAGACCGGUAUACUUUUGCUAUUCUAUCUUAAUGGCGUCCAAUGGUGCAAACCAGCCCUUGAAUCCCACCCCUCAAACAAAUAAUGCUUUUGCUUCCAACAGAAGAAAUUUUCUCAAUAUUAAAAGUGCUCCUCUAGCCAAGUUUGUUUCAUCAGAAUUUGGCGGCAAACCUCCUAGUGCUGAAUCCAUUUUUGGGAAACUCCACAGCAGUUUUAGGGAAGUGGCUGUGAUCUUGGCGUUCUAUUUGGGUGUUGGCACCUUAUGCUUUUACUUUGCCAUAGGUGAUCUCAAAGGGAAGAAAACAAGUCCAAUUCUUGAUGCUCUAUAUUUCUGUGUUGUGACUAUGACCACCGUUGGAUAUGGGGACCUAAAGCCUAAUACUAGCUUUGCAAAGAUACUUGUCUUUGUUUUUGUCUUCACAGGGAUGGCACUUGUGGCAUUAAUAAUGAAAAAAGUUGCAGACUACUUGGUAGAGAAGCAGGAAAUAAUGCUGGUUAAAGCUCUAAAUAAGCAGCAAGAGAAUGAUCCAUCUAAAAUCACGGAGGAGACAGAAUUCAACAGACCUAUGUUCAAGUGCCUUUUGGCCAUGGCCAUUCUUUCAGUGCUUAUGAUAAUUGGAGCCAUAUUCUUAUUUGUAGUUGAAGGUCUGGACGCUAUUGAUUCCUUAUUUUGUGUUAUUACAACUGUCACGACCCUAGGCUUUGAAAAUGAGAGCUUCUCAACUAAAGGUGGGCGUGCUUUUGGUAUAUUUUGGAUACUGAGCACUACUCUUGGCUUGGGCCAGUUUUUUCUCUACGCUGCCGAGGUAUUCAUUGAAAGCAGACAAAAGGCACUGGUUAAUUGGAUUCAUACCUGGAGGAUGACGACCAAUCAUGAUCUGGAGACUGUUAAUAUUGAUAAUGAUGGAGUUGUUGGUGACAGGUCUGCCGAGUCCAUCAUAUCAAAGCUUAAGGAGAUGGGGAAGAUUAGCCAAGAAGAUCUCUCCCUUGCAUUGAAUUCUUGAUGUUGGUAAAUCUGGAAGGUUGUCAGCAUCAGAUUUAGUGCGUGCUAAAACAACACAAAAGAAGCGGUGAUCUGAGCCAUCAGGAAGAGGAGUGGUUUAAUGAAUUUGUAUAAUAUUUAUAUAAAAUUUAUGUUAUGUGUAAUGUAAGUCUAUUAUUCUAAGUCUGUCUGUUCGUUCACCAGGGUAUGGUUGUCCUUCCCUCAUUCGGGUCAGGGCUCUAGCCCUCUAGCGUUCAACAUUGGAGUUGUUCUACAAGAAAGCUUUAAUUUUGUAAUGGGCUCUAGUCCUUUAAGAUGUCCUCCAACAACACUUUUUAUCUGUUCCUAUGCUGCAAAAGCAAUAUUGGAAUAAAAUUUUGUUUGCUAUGA